CUCGAUGUCAUUUCCGGUGCGUCUGAAUUUAACUCACGCCAGGCGGCUACAUGGCUGGUUCUGCUAUGGUGUAAAUGCCAAAAAAAAAUUACGACGAAACACAAGUUAAACUCUGUUAUUAUGAGUUCUGUUCCGCUGAAGAGGUUCUACAAGGAACUGCCAGUGUGGAUAGUUGAGGACCAUCACGACGUAAGCCUGGCUUCUAUGUGAAUACAGUUUAUUCAACUGUAAUAUUGCGUUGUCUCAUGAGACUUGCACUUAGGAUCAACAAAAUGACUGACUACAUCCAUGGUGGUGUGUCAUAUUUAUCGUGCCAUUGCAUCAAGACACCUCCCAGUGAAGAACAUAAAGAUGGUCCAUUUAGACUCCCAUCCUGAUCUGCUCAUCCCUGUCAACAUGUCUGCUGACACUGUCUUUGAUAAGGAGAAACUCUUCAGUGAGUUGAGUAUAGAAAACUGGAUAAUGCCCAUGGUGUAUGCUGGCCAUGUGUCCUGUGUGGCGUGGCUGCAUCCAUACUGGGCCCAGCAGAUCAGAGAGGGAGAGCACAGGAUGGCUGUAGGAAGAGACUCAUCCACUACCACUAUCAGGGUGACCAGUACAGACAACUACUUCCUCAGUGAUGGUCUGUAUGUUAUUGAGGAGCAGCUGGAGAACUCUAAACCGCUCAGGCUGAAUGUGGUCAAAGUCAAUCCUGUCCAGCCAAGUCAUGGGUCACUUACCGGAAAGAAACCAGAAGAGGACACAGAGAGAUGGUUUGCCAAGAGACCCCAUACAGAGUAUGAUAAAGCUGGGGAAGCCAGCUGCUCUGAGCCCCUCUUAAGAUGUACUGACACACUGCAACCAGCAGAGGGCAGCAAUGGGACAGGCUUGGGGGAUGAUGAUGAAGGAUCUACCAGUUAUGUUGUUAAGAGAAUAUCUGCAUUUCUAAGUGAGACCGAGCCAUACAUCUUGGACAUUGAUUUGGAUUUCUUCUCAUGUAAGAAUCCCUUCAAGGAAUUAUACACGGAGGAAGAGUAUGCCAUCCUUAAGGAGCUCUACAACUUCAGAGGACCCAGCCCUAAUGCUGAUCAGGAGGAGCUUGUUGAGUGUGUGGAUCGUCGUGUACAUCAGUUAGAGGACCUGGAAGCAGCAUUCGCUGAUCUGCUAGAGGAUGAUGGGGAAGAGACGGUUACACGCUGGGCCAGCAACCCUGGCAUGGCUUCAUUAGCCCAACUGGUUUCCAGUUUGAAGUCGAGAAAUCUGUGCCCUGAUUAUGAAAUGGUCCAUCAGGCAGGGUUAACCUGUGACUCCGUUGAGCUGCCUCACCACAUCAGCACUGAUGAGGAGAUCGACAGACUCAUCUCAGCUGUGCAGCUGUUUCUGAAGGCUCUGCCCAAACCUACACUGGUUACUAUGUCCAGGUCCAGUCUAGAUGAAUACUGCCCAGUAGAGCAGGUGGAUUCAGUCCAGAGCAGAGUACUGGUUGUACUGGAGAGCCUGUAUGGACCACUGGACUUACACAAAGACUAUGAAAACAGCAGCACAGAGACUCAGGACUGCCAACCGCAGGCCUCUUAACAAAUACACACAUACACUUGAAGUAAAUUUAUUAGAAGUGGCCAUAGAAGUUCUCCAUCCUGGAACUAGUUUUUGCACUGACACUCUUUACAUGCACAGAAGAAUCCAGAUUACUAUGGGAAUAAUCAGAAAUACUUUAUUGAAUACAGGUUAAGGUAUGGUCUGGUGAUAUUCUUUUUUUCUUAUAGUCAACAAAUCCCAUGUGAAGACUCAAGCGAGCAUUGAAUGUAUCCUACUAACAAGUAUUUGAAACCCAGUUGAGGGAGUAUAUUUCCCAAGACAUCCGGUACCCCCAGCAGAAAUCUAGCACUGCUAACCCGAUUUCUCUUAAUCACUUAACAUGAUAAAUUAAUGGGAGAAGUGAUGGCUUUAUUUAAACACAACUAGUAUCUUUCCACAUGUUUCUGGACCCUUCUUUAACCUUCUCUAAACUGACAACAGAUGGGUGAAAUGCUAAAGGUGGUGCUUCAUGUAAAAUAAUUCCUCAUUCCUCAGCUGUCUUUAAUUUCUUAGACGACAACUUGCAGUUGCAACAUAGAGUAUCUCAGCCCACACUUCAGGAGACUGAGGAUUUACCCUUUCCCCUCAAAAUAAAAGAUAAUGUUGGUAUUGUAACUAGAGAGAAAUCUCCACACAGAAAAUAAUUCAGUUGGCAACUGUAAAUCAUUCAGUCACUGAUUUGUUCAUGCACUUGUUUAACAAUUUGAUGGGACUGAUACAUCAUUGUCAAUUUGAGGGUUGUUUGCAAAAUUAUCAUAAGAGAGUUUGUUUAGGAGAGGCAUCUGAACCGACCCUUCAGGAACACCACAUAAUUUGUAUCCACUCAGUACUUACUAGAGCUAGACCAUUAUAUCUGCCCUUUUUUCUUUUUGGUAUCAGUCACAAUAAGCCAACAAAAACACAAAGAUAACAACAGAAAAACAAUACACUCUUAAAAAGUAAGGAGAAAAAACAAAACAAAAACACCAAAAUAGUAGUUUAAUACUGUUUUUUCAUCACCUUCUCAGCAGCGGGAUUAGGUUUUUCCACGAAAUCCAACAGGUAACCCCAGACUAUCAAGAAAAAUCUGGGGUUUUCCUUCCUUUUCAUAUGGAAUACAGAAUAACAACUCAUUAAACCACACUGAUAUUUUCUUUCCAACAAAGUAGCUGUUAUUGCUAUUAGACAUGUUUCGAUAUUAUUUGUAAGGGUUGUAAGUUAUGAGGUAUCCCUUUCUCAAAGGUGUUCUCCUAAAGAAAACAAAUGAGUACAAUUCCAAAACAUGUAUGAAAUAGAUAUUAGCUUAGUGCCAAUAUAUGGGUAUCAGUGUACAUGGCAGCAGAUAAGUAAUAAGAACUGGCAGUACAGAAAUGCCAAAGAUGUGUUUGAGGUCAUUUUGAAACAGUGUUUCCAUUACAUAGAUAUAUCUGCCAAUAUAUCAUCAGAUUUUUUUAAACCCUCAAAUAUCAAUAUCUGCCUCAAAAAUCCGGUAUGGGUUGGGCUUUAGUAAUUAGAAAUUUCCAGUCUGUAUAGCAAUAUACUCAGAUAGCCUGUGUUGAACACAGCACUAACUCCAGAACGGAGAUGUUGCCACAGUGUGUUUUUAAAGGAAUGUCAUUUAAAGCAUUGAUAAGUGCAGUCUCAGUGCUGUGGACAAAAUCUUCAAUGGAGAAUAAAUUUUUGAGCCAAAGAAAGUGUUGAAAUGUUUAUUAACAGGUUUUUCAAUUAAAAACACUAAGUUUGAAAUGGGCCUGUAAUUGAUCAUUACUAAGGCAUUUACAAUAGAUUGCUCAAGACUUUUAAAAGCCUGAUAGGUCUAAUAAUUCUCUGCAGUAGGUCUCUUGCCAUGCCAUUUAAAAAGGUUCUUAAAAAGGUUGUAGACAUAGUAUCAAGGCAGCAGAUGGAAGAUGUCAGAUUCAGAAUGUUUUAUAGUCAAUAGGAUCAAAGAGUGUCAUGUUAACUAGAUUCGUUUUAUGUGGAUACAAGUGUGGAUUUUCCUGACAUGGAGGACCUGAUGGUAGCGCCAAUUCAUAACAGAAGUUAUCUCAUUGCGCUUUUCCUAUAGAGCAGCUCUAGACCGUAGUCUUUAUAAUAUUAAUUACAGAGACCCAACAAAUCCCACCAUGAGCAAGCAUUUGGCGACAGUGGCAAGGAAAAACUUCCUUUUAACAGGCAGAAACCUUGGACAGAACCAGACUCAAUGGUGGGCGGCCAUCCGCCGCUGCCGUGCUAGGUGUUAGUUCAGGGGAUAGUGAUGCUGGAGGGUUUGUCAGUCUUUCAACAGCUGCAAAUAGCAGGAUACCACUGCACCAGUGUGUGUGCAUUUUGUCACGCUUUCUCAUCUUCAAAGGAAAUUUAUGAGGAUGUGUUUUAGCUUCUUUUAGCUUGCAGUUUUGUUUUUGUUUUUUUGGCCUUGCAUCAACCUCGUGUCCUGCAGCAGCAGCCAGCUGUUUUCAGCAAAAAAAAAAAGAAAUCCACUGUACACUACCUGCUCAGCACCAAAAAGGAGACAGACAAAGUCAGAAACUAGCUGGUGAACAUAGUGGAGCAUUAAGCAGUUAAAGAGCCAGAUACCAGAGCUAAAAGGAGAGUGAAUAUUGGACUUACAUCAGGUGGGAACACAACUCCAAAUGAGUGCUAAUGUUGUUAAGUUGGUAGUUUAGUGCUUGCUAACAACAUUCGACAUUACAACUUUAUAAGAUGAUAAUAUGUUCGCUUUGCUUGCUAGCUUGCUCCGCUGCCCCCAAGUGGCCAAAGAACGGAGGCUUUGGAAGGAGGCCUGAAGGGAGGGUUGGAUUUGUUUGGUUGGAUAUUUUCAAAAUCUAGCUGUCUCUCACUAGUUUCUCCAACUUUACGUACCCUAGCUUUAACUGUUGGAGACUAAUGGAGUUACCAGUGGCACAAUUGGCAAUUAGUACAGUGCUAACAACAAUUUCCAGUAACAUGUACUGGUGUCCAUCAUCUAGUAGCUAUGGCCAUCACUUAACAUCUCAUCUCUGUCACUGGGUGUUGGGAUGAACACAUAGUGCAGCUUGUCUUAACAGAGACUGACAUGUGGGGACAUUUAUGCUAAUGUGCUAAUGAUUAGUAGUAGUAGUAAUAGAUGGCAGCUUUAUAAAUGUACAUAUGAUGACAAACUUGCCCAAAAGCUCCAAUACAAAAUCAAAACAUGUUAAUGAACAUCUUCUAAUAAAGGAAGACAAUCACAGCAAGUGUUAUUUACUCCUGCAUAGUUCCUCAGAUGUUUUUAUUCAAACAUGGAGCAGCAAAUGUUUAAUGCAGUCAGGUGUAAUGACUUUGUAAUUAUUACUUGAAGUGAACUUCAUCUUUAUGUUUUGUAUUUUAUACAAAAAAUGUUGGACCACAAAACACAGAUGUUCUUGACUUGACAGUGGAGAAAUCAGUCUUGGGGAAUUUCAGCAUACAGUAAAUCUGUAAGUACACAAUAUGCUAACAGGUGAUUUUACUAAUGUUCUUAAUUCUAAUUUCUUCUUGACUUCAAAAUCAACAGAAAUUCUCUCAUCUGCCACUCUUCUAAAUAAUAUUGACUCUAAUUAAAUUAGUGGUGUAUUUA